AGUAGGCUCAUCACAUUGGGUGACUGCUCUAGGCUGCCUCAGGUCGCACCACGAUCGAGCAUCUCGGCGGCUGCGCUCACAUUCUCAGUCGGCAUGAGAGGAAGGACACGGCGGCUGCGGAGAACCGACUGCGCCGCGAUAAUUACAACCAGAUUUGUACCAAUGUAGUCAACAGCAGCGGGAUCCGAGUUGUUUCUUUCAAUUAACACGGGGCGGACAACGUGGCUGGAAAGGGAGUCUGCAAGACGUCAGACUAUCUAGUGAGCUGCCUACAUAGACAGCUUUUUUGGACAUCAUACCGCGUUCGUGCGCACUCCGGGCAGCAUUCAUUCACUGUCGCUGUCCACACACACAUGUACAGUAUGUGUGAACGUGCGGAGAAGUUGAAGAUGCCACUCUGAAUCAUCUGUUCGCUUGGAUCGACGAUAACAAGCCAUUGUCUAUGGAUCCACUGAUCGGCAUCUUCUCAAACCACAAGGCUCGUUCCUACAAGCGCGUCUGAGUCCUUCAAGCAGACUCUCCCCGCUCUCCAUCUCACAGCAAAUACAGCGAGCAGAUAAGAGCAAGCUCAGAUGUCGGGAGUGACGACAGAUGACGACAGAACACCUUGGAGACAUUCUUGUCUUCCCCUGCACCGGAGUCUGUUCUCAGCUCACUCAGCUCAUCAGGGCGAGUCUAAGAUCUCACCAGUAGUGUUUUCAUCAUGAGACUGGUGUUGAAGUACCUGGACAAGAUGAGAUGUUUCCGGAAGCGUUCCACCAUUCCUUUUCUGGUGGCUCUCAUUACCUUCCUGCUCUUCAUAAACCUCUACAUCGAGGACGGCUACGUUCUGGAGGAAGACAAACGUCAGUUACGAGAAACCUCAAUGCAUCCGCUGAACUCAGAGCGCUAUGUUCAUACCUUUAAAGAUAUCACCAAUUUUUCGGGAACAAUCAAUGUGACUUAUCGGUACCUCGCUGGAACACCUUUACCUCGAAAAAAGUAUCUCACCAUUGGAUUGUCAUCCGUGAAAAGAAAACGAGGAAACUACCUGCUGGAGACUAUCAAGUCUAUUUUUGACCAAUCAAGCUACGAGGAGCUCAAAGAGAUUGUUGUGGUUGUCCACUUGGCAGAUUUUGACCUGGCAUGGUGCGAGAGCCUAGUUCAGGAAAUCUCAAGGAAGUUCGGCCACCAUAUCAUUGCAGGUCGGCUGCUAGUUAUCCAUGCACCUGAGGAGUACUACCCAUCCCUGGAUGGGUUGAAGAGAAACUACAACGAUCCAGAGGAUAGGGUACGCUUCCGUUCUAAACAGAACGUAGAUUAUGCGUUUCUACUCAACUUCUGCACCAACCUUUCAGACUUCUACAUGAUGUUGGAAGACGAUGUGCGCUGUUCUCGAAACUUUCUCACCGCCCUGAAGAAAGUGGUGGCAUCUAGAGAGGGAUCGUAUUGGGUGAUGCUGGAAUUCUCCAAACUGGGCUACAUAGGGAAGCUGUACCACUCACGAGACCUUCCCAGACUUGCUCAUUUCCUGCUCAUGUUCUAUCAGGAGAUGCCUUGCGAUUGGCUUCUUAUCCAUUUCCGAGGCUUACUGGCCCAGAAGGAUGCGAUUCGCUUCAAGCCUUCUCUUUUCCAACACAUGGGCUACUAUUCCUCCUAUAAGGGAGCUGAAAACAAACUUAAGGAUGAUGACUUUGAGGAAGACUCCCUUGAUAUCCCAGAUAACCCACCUGCCAGUUUGUAUACAAACAUAAAUGUAUUUGAGAGCUAUGAUGCUGCCAAAGCUUACAGUAGCGUGGAUGAGUAUUUCUGGGGCAAGGCUCCAUCCACUGGGGACUUCUAUGUAAUAGUGUUCAACAAGGCAACAAAAAUCAGCAAAAUCAAGAUCAUCACGGGAACGGAUGAUCGGCAGAAUGAUAUUUUGCAUCACGGAGCUCUGGAAGUGGGGGAGAAAUUAGUAGGAACCAAAAAGGGAAGGCAGUGCUCCUCCUAUAUCACUUUAGGGGAGUUUAAAAAUGGAAACAUUGAGGUUCAUGAUGUGGACCACAAGAUAGCAUUCGAUAUUGAGUGUGUUCGCAUUGUGGUAACAGCAAGUCAGAAAGAAUGGCUUAUCAUUAGAAGCAUAAGCCUCUGGACUACACAAGGCGCCAGUCAAUGAGAACUGUUUCGAACCGUACCUAAAGGCACAAGUAUCUGUUUAUUUAUCUAUUUAUUUAUUUCUGCGAUUUCUAAAUUAUUUAUUCACCUGAGAAAUCUUUAUUUAUUCAAAUUUAUUCAGACUAAUUUAAAGGCAGUACAAGAUUUCACACAUCUGAGGCAUUUCAAUUAACUCUGACAUCAACUAUUCAAAGAUUUUUUAUAUACCGUAUAAAGACAUUUAGAGUACCUAUUGUUUUCCCCAUUUUUACAUUAUUACUCCAUAAUGUAUACUCCUCAGUGAAAAGCUAAACUGUUUUGCUUUGGCCAAGGUAUACACUGCAAAAAAACAAUAAUUUUAUUUUUUAUUUUUUUUUCCUUUAACCAGACCCAUGUAUGUGUGAAGCUAUAUAUUUCAAUAUACAGUUAAGGUCAAAAGUUUACAUACACCUUGCAGAAUCUGCAAAAUGUUAAUUAUUUUACCAAAAUAAGAGGAAUCAUACUAGAUGAAUGUUAUUUUUUAUUUAGUACUGACCUGAAUAAGAUAUUUCACAUAAAAUAUGUUUACAUAUAGUCCACAAGAGAAAAUGAUUGAAAAUGAAUUUAUAAAAAUUACUCCGUUCAAAAGUUUACAUGCACUUGAUUCUUAAUACAGUGUUGUUACCUGAAUGAUCCACAGUUGUUCAUGAGUUUCUUAUUUGUCCUGAGCAGUUAAACUGCCUGCUGUUCUUCGAAAAAUCCUUCAGAACCCCACAAAUUCUUUGAUUUUUCAGCAUUUUUCCAACAAUGACUGUAUGAUUUUAAGAUCCAUCUUUUCACACUGAGGACACCUGAGGGACUCAUAUGCAACUAUUACAGAAGGUUCAAACACUCACUGAUGCUCCAGAAGGAAAAAAAUCCAUUAAAGCUUUUGAAAGGCAGUACUAAAUGAAAAAAAUAUAAUAUUUAGGCAAAAGAAGAAAAAUUUAGACGUCUUCAUUCUGUUCAAAAGUUUUCAGUUUUCAUUUUGUAUGGAUCCCUCUUAUUUUUGUAAGGUGUGUGUAAACUUUUGACCUCAACUGUAUAUUAUUGAAAUCAUUCUUUAAAAACUUUUAUUAAAAGUUUUUCUUGCUUGAAGUAGAAAUCUAUUAAGGUCUGGUGAGGUUUGUGCUUAAAAAGAAAAAAAUAUUUGCCAUUGAAGUAAGAUAAAUAAACUUGAAUCGAGACGUUCCUGAAAAACAACUCUUAAUAUCUUGCAUAAUUUUGCUUUAAGUAAAUGUUUUAAAAAAUGUUUAUAUAUGAACAAGAAAUUAUUUUUCACAGUGUAGCUGUUUUCCAUAUUUUAACAGACAGACAUGUCCUGUUAUAGUCAUUGAAAUAGUUGCUUGAAGUUGAAUUGUAAGCACUUCAUUUCAGUUGUCAUUUUUUGUUUUCUUCACUAUUUUCUUCAGUACACCUUUAAAAUAAUUGCUUAUCCUGCGCUCCUUUCCGCCAACACAGGGUCAAAAUUGCCUUGAAUAUACAAUGUAUUGUGGCAUGAAUCUACUCAGCAACAUUUCAUACUAUUUCCCCACUGAAUGAUAACAGAAAUUUUACUCAGUCAACCUUGGGUCAAAAGGGUCUCCUUAGUGUAGUUCCGUAUUGUUUGUGCAUUUCUUCAGAGGCAUGGACUGGAACAGCGUGGCUACUCGCCCAUCUUCUGAAGUGUUGUGAUUGGACAGUACAGUGACAAAUGAGGUAAACCUUCUUCCCCUUUUCAGUAUUUUCCUCCUAUCUUUUGCUCAGUGCAAUUUUACCAGGGUAAAUUGGAUUUUGUUUGGCUCAUUCCCCCAUAAAAUUACACCAGCAACAACCACCCUAGUGCAGACCGUUCUCAUAGCAAAUCCCUGGCUGGAGUUGUUGGACGCUCCAUCUAAAGUUUUGUGUCAUUGUGUGAGUGUAUGCACUAUAGACCAUAUCUGUCGCUCUAAGUAUUUGUUUACCCAAAUGACUUUGUCACAAAAUUGUUUUGAGAGACAUUAAAACUUGUUUUCGCAAUCAUCUAAUUACUCCGUUAGACUGAACAUGUCACAUGAAAAAUGCAAUAAUAAGAACUGUUUACAUGACUCUGUAAUGUUGCAGAAUGUGUUUAUCUCCUGUGUUUUUUUUUCUUUAAGACAAGGCAUUUUCAUGUUAUUAUCACAGUAUCAUAAAAAUAACCUGUACUUUGCAUGAUUUCUGCGGUCGUCUUUGCCAACACCCAAGAUACAAAAUUGACAUUACAGAAGUGGUAGUAGAAGUGCUUUGCACCAACAUAAAUCAAAAAUUAACUUUGCCAUAGUUAUCAAGAAGCCAUUACUAGCACUAUUUCUCAGGCUAGAAAUGUGUUAAAUUGCUGUAUACAUUCAUUUUCAUCCCAGGUCAGAACUGCAUUGUUUCCAUGUCAGUUUUCUUUCAAAUUCAGUUUAUUGAAAGUGAAUACCUCUUGCCCAAUUGUAUUUGUGAAUGGUCUUUUGGAUGCAUUUCAGACUUCUAUGGCUAUUAAAUGUCCCAGUAUGUUUUCGAUAGUUUUGUAAUGCUUUCUUGUGAGCAAAGCACAGGUCCUUUUUUUAAACAGCCAGCUAAAUUUUAGGGCUGGGUGCGUAAUAAAAUGUUACAAAUGAAAAUAUUGGAAGGUUUUGUCUUCCUAAUAAAACAACUGACUAAAUAAUUGUUCAUGCAUGAGCUAAGAAAGAAUGCCGCAGUGUUAGUACGCCUGUCGGUUUUAGGCUUUAUGACUUGUUUUAAAGUGUCUACUCUGAACUUGACUGGCAUUGUACUGUACUUGAUUUGUAAUUUAACUGUACUAAUACUACAUUUACAACAACGGACAUCUCACGUGUUGUGCUGCAUAGGUGAAGAGAAUGUGUUAUGAUGUAGAGUUCUGUUGUAUUUCUCCCACACUGUUUGUCACAUGGUACUGUAACUAUAUUGUAAAAUGACAUAUAUUUUUUUACAUUUAUCAUUAGAACUGUUUGCCUUGUAUAUUGUACCUAAAUAUACAUUGACUCAAGUGCUGAGUUGACAAAACGAAUGCCAUUUCAUCAUUGGAAAUCCAGAGAUUGUAAAGUAAAACACUUUUGGGGAAACAAUCCUUUUUAGUCGAGGUCUAAAUACAUUUGCAUGCAUAUGCACACAUCUCUCCUGCAGUAAACUGGCUGGACGCACAAUAUUAGCCAGCAUGGAUCCACUUGAAUAUUCUGCCUGAUAAGUUCACAGGCCUGCUUUUGUGUGUAUGCAGGUGAAUACAAGUUCAA